UUAAAAUAUUCAUGAUAUCAUUUCUUACUUAAAAUUAAGAUUAUUUCAACUUUUAUAUUAAGAAUGGCAGGUGCUAGUAAUAGAACAAAACUAUUAAUUGAAAUAUUGAUUUUAAUUAUUUUAUUAAUAACCAAUAACACGACUGCUUUAGAAGAAAAUGUGACAGCGAAUGCUCAAGAAACGGUUUCUUCAGAGUCUGUACAAACAUCAACAGUAGUUAAUAAUAAGGAAAUAGAUGAAGAAUUAUUUUCAUCAACUUCUGUACCAGAAAAGUUAAUUUCAACGCCAGCAGUUAUUACUAAAUUUGAAAAUAAUUCUCAAAAAGAAGCAGUGCAAAAUAGUAAAACAAAUACAGCUUCUGAUAAUUCACAGCUGCUGAAUAAUGUCUCGGAACAAUGAAAAAUUCUUGAGAGUACAACCCAGUUACCCAUUUCUUCACAGGAUAAUGAGGAAUAUUACAGUGCCACAUUUACAGUGAAUGAAACAGCUGCUAUGGAAGCCUUGGAUGCUUUUAAAGCUUUUAAUCCAAAUAAAAAAUUGUCCAGCGGCGCUCGGAAAGCUUUUACGGUUCAAUUGAAAUUUGAUUUUCCAUAUUUUGGUGCUCCAAUCAAAAAUAUAACAGUUGCAAAUGGCGGGUUUAUUUAUACGGGUGAAUAUGUUCAUCCAUGGUUAGCUGCCUUACAAUAUAUUGCACCAUUGAUGGCUAAUUUUGAUCCAAAUCUUUCAGAAGACUCUUUUGUAAAAUAUUUUGAUAACGGUACCGCUUUUCACAUAUUAUGGGAAAAUAUGUUAUUACGAGAUAAGCCUGAAGUUGGACCAUUUACGUUUAGUACAACAUUACAUGAUAAUGGUGACAUUGUUUUUGUAUAUUAUAACAUACCAGUUAAAAUUGAUCAAAACCAAGAUGGCAAAAGUCCCUUCAAAGUUGGACUCUCUAAUGCGUAUUUAAUUUACAAAAAUAUGAAACAAGCAACUAAAGGCAAAUCUAAUUUUGAUCAUCAAAAAUUUGAUGUAAAUUUUGAAAAUGUACAAAAUAAUUCAAUCGUAUAUCUAAAAGCAUUACCAAAUUGCUUACAAUAUACGGAUUGCGUAUCCUGUGCGAAUCAUAAAACAACUUUUGAUUGUGGCUGGUGUCCCGACGUGAAUAAAUGUGCUGCAGAAGUUGGAAAGAAAAGUCAAGAUUGGAUCAAAAAAGGUAAAACAGUUUUUAAUAAAUUGUAUUAA